UCUUGGUCUCUCCUAAACUUCUAGCAACAUUUGCUGACAAAAAACCCCUGAAUUUGUUUCACAUUCCUUAUAUUAACUUCUUAUUUCACUAAACUCAUCCUUCUGAUGAGCUUUUAAAGAUGAGUACUUAAGUAGUUUAUUUUGUGCAUGUAUAAUAAACAAUAUCUAAAGGUGUUGGUGCUUCCAAGUAAAGCUGAUAUUUGUUUCCAUGUCAAUUUAUCACUAAUGAAAGCAAGGCCUCCGAGGGCUCUUUCACCAGUAACCAAGUUUCUCAUGCUGAAGCCUGACCCAUCCCCAAUGAACAAAACACCAUCAGUGAGGGGUGGUGCAACCACAGCAGCCCUGGGGGUGUCAGAACCUCCCUGUGCCUCCUCCCUCCACAGAACACACAAGCAGAGAUGUGCUUGCAGUGGCAACAAGGACCAAGUUUGGCGUCUAAAAAACACAGGGGGAGCACAAAGGAAAAACACAAGCAGAAAACCAGCACAGGAAGCUCAACACAAGCUGUUGUUCUCAGGAGCUAAAACCACAACACCACCACAUGCCAUAAACCAGUUUGAGUCAGGGGGAAGAGCUGGAACCUUUCUGUGGUACCUUUCUCAUACAAGGCUUUCUAAAUUUGGUGCCUUUGGAACAAUUAUCCAUCUGCUUCAGAACAGAUCACUUAUAUUGGUUUGCCCACUUUAACAAUUUAUGGGAAAUACAUCAUGCAAUGGACCAAAACCAGCCCCAAACCCAGCUCCUCCAGAAUGUGAAUAUCCCUAGUCUACAAGCAGUAAGAACAUACUGUUGGCUUGUAAAACCAAACAAAAGGAAAAAACCAACCAAACAAACAAAAAAACCCCCACAAAACUAAUGCAUGAUGGCCCAAGAGUAACAACCAGCUAUCAUGUGUUUUUGAAAUGAAACAAAGUAAUUUUAACACUUUCAGAAUAUCAGACACUAUGCCACAGGCUGUAACCAUUGUUGUGUCCAGCUCUAAACACAGAACACAACAGAACUGAAAUUCUACCCACUGUUCUUGUACUGUAAACAAGCCUCUGCAUAAUAAAUAGAUAUGGAAGAGUGUGCACACAUGGGAAAGAACAAGAGUUCAGUUCUCCCACUGUAAUUAUGUUUGUUUCUGGUUGCCUGAGUCUCUUCCAUGGGGUUGCAGUAAUGCCACAAGAAUUUGUGCAUGAAUUCAGCCCUUAUUCUCCCCAAACUGUCUGCAUUAUUUACUUAUUUACUUAAAGAAAGGCUUCUCAAAAGAGGUUUUACAUUCAAAAAAGUUCUAGGUCUCUUUCAUCCUUCCCUGAAAAAUUUUCCAUCACUGGAACUAUUGUACAUAACCCUUAAAUACCUUCUGUUUCAAGUGAGAUCACAGGUCUUCAAAUGUGAGACCCUUUUCCUAUUAGAUGAGUUUUCUUAUUAAAGAAAUGCUAAUGCUAAAGCUUUGAGUGAAUUCAAAAAAAGAAGAAUGAAAAUAUUUCAUGAGAAUCUUUUACGUUUGUGGCCUGACAGUGGAAGACAAGGAUGCACAGUGUCUUACUGCCACAGGAUAUAAGACAGCCUUGCUGGAAACAAGAACUGAGUCAUUGAGUUUUCUAAACUAGGCAGUACUAAGCAAAAAAAAAAAAAAAAAAAAAAAAAAAAAGAAAAGGAUUUUGUCCUAUUUCCCAGAACAGUCUGUUUGGAUUCAUGGGGUAAACCUACAGAAGGGGCAGCAGAGCCAGCUAAGGAUUUCCCUUGCAGACAUUGAUACAGCUUGGACUUCAAACCAGUACCAGGCACAAGUACUUUAUUCACACUCCUGUGUUAGUCUCCUUUAUUAACAUCAUCAACACCUUUUCCUAUAGAUAUUUGGACAUUAAUGUUUCCUGUAAUCACAUAAUGCAGUUCUUCAAAGCAAUUGGAAGUUCAGUUUGUUUGAGCUGCCCUAAACUACAGCAAAAAAGGAGAGGAACCACAAAGCAGAGAAACCAUCCUUAGUUUCUGUGAUCAUUCUGAGGAGUUAUCAAACCAGCUGGGAACAUAAAGAAAAGAGCACAUACAAAAGCAUAUAGGACAGCAGUCAGUCCUCUCCAAUGCCACUGAAGGAUUGUGUCCUACUGAAUGUCAUUGACAACUUCAUACACUCUUAUUUUAGAAUAAAACUUCUGGACUUCCUUGCUGUUGGAAAUUGAAAAUACCUUUAGAUGUACUUGGCAAAGAGUUAAUGUAAUUUCUGCUGGUUUUAUCUCCAGUCAAAUGAUAAUUUUGUUUCCUUGUUCAGAGACACUAAACACAAACUAUAAACUUUGUUUACCUCUCUGUUUUAGUCUCCAGUCCCAAUUCUAAUCAGCACCAGGCAUGUGUGUCUCUGUCAUUGGCUGUUUUGCAGCAGAUACACUAAGCUCUAAAGGUAAAAUUACAAAAUUUUCUUUUCAAAGCAACAGCCCCUGAUCUAUUACAAUAAACAAACUUCCAUCUCCAAGCAACUGAUCUCUUAGCAACAAGAAGCACCUGCAUAAAAGAUGCUACAGAGAGUGAUCACCAGAAAACCUAUCCAGACCUUUAAGAGGAGCACAUCAGGAGCCAGGACAGCACUCUCCACCGGCAAAAAUCCAGAAGUGACAAGAAGACACAGCAAAGCAGAACCUCUUUGAGAAGAUGGUCCUGGAGACCCUGAACCCGAUGCACUACAACAUCACCAGCCUGGUUCCGGACACGAUGCCCGUGGCCAUGGUGCCCAUAAUCAUCCUCAUGUGCUUUCUCUUCCUAGUGUGGAAUCAUGAAGAGACUUCAUCAAUACCAGGGCCGGGAUACUGCAUGGGCAUCGGCCCCCUCAUUUCACACGGGAGGUUUCUCUGGAUGGGAGUAGGGAACGCCUGCAACUACUACAAUAAGACCUACGGAGAAUUUGUGAGGGUCUGGAUCAGCGGUGAAGAAACCUUCAUAAUUAGCAAGUCCUCGAGCGUGUGCCAUGUCAUGAAGCACUGGCACUACGUGUCCCGCUUUGGGAGCAAGCUGGGACUGCAGUGCAUUGGCAUGUACGAGAACGGGAUCAUAUUCAACAACAACCCGGCGCACUGGAAGGAAAUCCGACCCUUCUUCACCAAAGCUCUGUCCGGCCCCAGGCUGGUGCGGAUGAUCGCGAUCUGCGUGGAGUCCACCAUCGACCACCUGGACAGGCUGCAGGAGGUGACCACGGAGCUGGGCAACAUCAACGUGCUGAACCUCAUGAGGCGCAUCAUGCUCGACACGUCCAACAAGCUCUUCCUCGGCGUCCCUCUGGAUGAAAAUGCCAUUGUGCUCAAGAUUCAAAAUUACUUUGAUGCCUGGCAAGCACUUUUAUUAAAGCCUGACAUAUUUUUUAAGAUUUCUUGGCUGUGCAAGAAAUACGAAGACGCGGUCAAGGAUCUUAAAGGAGCAAUGGAAAUCUUAAUAGAACAGAAACGACAAAAGCUUUCUGCUGUUGAAAAGCUGGAUGAACACAUGGAUUUUGCAUCCCAGUUGAUUUUUGCACAGAACAGAGGGGAUCUGACUGCUGAGAACGUGAACCAGUGUGUGCUGGAGAUGAUGAUUGCUGCUCCUGACACUCUGUCUGUGACUCUCUUCUUUAUGCUAAUCCUGAUUGCAGAGCACCCCACAGUGGAAGAGGAGAUGAUGAGAGAAAUUGAAACCGUUGUGGGUGACAGAGACAUACAAAGUGAAGACAUGCCAAACUUAAAAAUUGUGGAGAACUUCAUUUAUGAGAGCAUGAGGUACCAGCCAGUGGUGGACCUGAUCAUGCGGAAGGCGUUGCAGGACGAUGUCAUCGACGGCUACCCCGUGAAAAAGGGCACAAACAUCAUCCUCAAUAUCGGGCGUAUGCACAAACUCGAAUUCUUCCCAAAGCCAAACGAGUUUUCUCUUGAAAACUUUGAGAAAAAUGUCCCGUCGCGCUAUUUCCAACCCUUCGGGUUCGGCCCCCGGAGCUGCGUGGGGAAGUUCAUUGCCAUGGUGAUGAUGAAGGCCAUCCUGGUGACUCUCCUGAGGAGGUGCAGAGUGCAGACAAUGAAAGGAAGAGGCCUGAACAACAUCCAGAAGAACAAUGACUUAUCCAUGCACCCCAUAGAAAGGCAGCCUCUGCUGGAGAUGGUUUUUACACCCAGGAGAAGCGCGGACGAGGAUCAGGGUGAUAGAGUGGAGCAGCACUAAAGUUACAGCAUUUUCUCAACCACUAAGAAAUAUUCAUCAUUCCUAGUUAAAUAUACAAAGUAAAACGUUUUGUUGCCCCUAAAUGACUUCAGGUGACAACUUGUGCUGCCUGUACAGCAGAACCACAGACCACAGCUGGAAAGACUAAAAGUACAGGAUAGUUUUGUUGCAGAUGAUGCCAUGCUGUACAAUUCCUGAUUGCUUUUUAAACCCAUAGAGUUCAG